AUGUGUCGAUUCGCCGACUACUUUGCUAUAAUUAAAUUUCCAAAAGAGCCAGAUGGCGACUCUCCGGUGCCGGAAGUUGAAUUAAAAUUUCCGCAACAAGAUUGGGAAGAUGUGCCGAUGCCUGAUCUGUUCUUAAAAUUUGCAAUGCUUCCUCAAGAAAUGGCCAAGAAGAAGAUCGUUUCUCCUCGAUUCUACACCGUAAUUUUCACAGCGGAAUCUGGGAUGCAAACGUUUGGAUCAUUUCUAGAGAUUUUGUUAAAUCGCAUCUACGAGCGGAUAAAAUUAGGAGCAGCUGGCCAGGCAGAAAAAUUGAUUUCAGCAUUAAUAGCUCCGUGCCCAAAGUGCCCAGAAAUAGCGGAUUUGGAAACUGCCAUCGCGGAUUGCAUGAAAUCGAACGUUCCGAUCAGUGGAGAGACAGUCUAUAGCCUCGUCAGUCAAUUAGGCAAUAUUCACAACCUUAUUGUCUUGGUGCGAGCAGUCAUCACAAGCACUCCAUUCUUCUUCCUUUCCGAUUCACCCGAACGGUUAUGCGAAGCUAUCAACGCCGUACUUUUCCUGAUAUUUCCAUUUAAAUAUCGGUUUCCAAUUAUAUCCAUGCUAGCAAAAGACCAACGUCACUAUCUUGACGAGCUGGGAUUGUACAUUAUUGGUGUUGUCCGCGGUCAUGGAGCUUCAAUUGAUGAAGAAACAAUUCGGGGGAUCAAAUUUGACCUUGACUACGGCGAGAUAUUCAUACCACCGCAUAUUAAACUACCACCAGUCCCGGAACCUUUCAACCAACGAUUGUUCAAAACCCUGGAAAUUUCCAUUUAUCCGGAGAGAUUUGCCUCUUACACCCCAAAUGGAACAAACAGCUUUAAGGACAAACUAGUCCGCGCCUCGAUUAUGCAAUUCUUUGCUCGUCUCGUCCACUGCUACCAAUACGGGACUCGCAUUAUUAGGAUUAAUGAUGUUUACGAACAAGCCUAUAACACUGCUGCUUUUAUCGGACUCAGGAGAUACAACACGAAAACGCAACAAUUCUUCGAGGACUUUUUCUACCAAGAAUUAUUCUCGGAAUUCGUGUUUUCGAGGGAUCUUCUAUGGAGGCAAAAAGAUGUUUUUGAUACGGCCCUAGAAGGGAUAUCCGAUAAUGUCGUAGCAGAUGAGAGUGAGGUGAUCGAAGAAGAAAUGAAAGCAAUUACUCGCAUUGCUGAAAUAUUGGCUGAAAAUGAAAAGGAAAUCAGCACAAUGUCAGCUUCCCGGCCCCCGAGCGUAUCAUCUGACGAUGUUUUCGGGCUAUCCCAUCUAAAUGGAGCCCUAAUAAACCGUCUAAUUGCAGCCAAUAUGGAAAAAGAAGAAACAGUAGACGCUGCUAUUAAAGAGGAAAUCGCAAUGCCGCCCUACCCUAUCAAGAAGGUGGAAUGGGAAACACAUGAAGAGGUCCAAUUGGUUUUUAACCUGGUCGACAGCAUUUUUGAGAAUAAAAUAGCGCAAGCGAGACGGAUAUUAACUACGGAUCAACACCCAUUGAACAGUCUCAGCUCUCGGUUGGCCCUCUGUGUCCGAAUGAAAACGGCCUUACAAAGCUCACGUGGGAUCCUCUCCGCAGAUCAGUUCGAAUUAAUCCGAGAUCUGCUAAAUUACGCACUAGAACAAGAAGGAAAAGAAGAUCGCUACGGGAUAGCGUAUUCAAUAAUGGAAUUCGCGACUGUAAUUUGCAAGGAGCUUGGAACCCAAGUUUUUCAAUUUAUGUACACGGCUAUUCAAGCUCAUCCGGUCUGGGCCAAUCGUGAUUUUUGGCGAUUCGCUUUUUACACGGACGUCCAAAAGCGGUUAUACGAUAUUUACGUGGCGCCUGGAUUGAAUGCUAUCGAUAAAGACCAGAAUCCGUUCGACCUAUGGGAUACAGACAAAGGGGUGGCAGUGCUGAAAUUUGUUUCCGAGUUGCAGAAGAAAAAAGAAGCUGGAGGAAGCGAAACCGAGGCAAAUGUCAACUGGAGUGACAUGGAAGAAAAUAUCAUCUAUGGAUUGGCGAAGCACUACACGAACCUCAUUCUUUGCCUUCGAGUUCCUUUGGAUCCUGAAGCUUCCCCAUUCUAUGAUGAAGAUGACACACGACGUGAAGAACCGGCAUCGUGGAUUUGGAAAAUCAUCGAUUCAAUCCGUGCCUCAACAAAAAUCGAUCAUUUCAUGACAGAUCUAAAAAAAGAAAUUACCAUGUGGGGUGAAGGACAUCGCGAGCAAUUGGAUCAGGUCCAUGCUACUUCUAUGUAUAUGCUUCCACCAAAGCCUGCAUUACCCCCAAUGCCGCCGAUGUACUCCAAAGAAGUCCUGAAAUCAGACAUCUAUCGAGCAUUCCUUGUUGCUAGAGAUGAAGAAACACCAGAACUUCCAGCUGAAGGAGCAUUCUUUAUCACGAACUAUCGAGUUAUCUUCGUUGGAGCCCCAAGAGACCCGCUUUUAACCGAUACCCCCCUCCAACUCGAUCUUCCCCUGAUGUCAUUGGCAAAGGUCAAAACCAUCCCGGAGAAAGAAUUAAAGGGAUGGCAGAACAGAGGAUUACCGGCUAAGAUGGCGGAAGACGCUAUAGUAAUUUAUUCAACAAUAUUUAAAGGCGGUAUAUUUUCGUUUGAUGAGGAGUACUCUCACGAAAAUAUGGAAAAUUUAAAAGAUCGCUUAGUGGCUCUGCGCUGGCAACAACCGUAUCCGGAGUCCCUUUACCCAUACUCUACAACUAAAAGUACCACUCUCACUUUACAAACAAAAAAAUAUCAAACCCUGCGACAGAUGAAGAAAACAAUCGGAAAAUUUCCAAUCUCGAAAAUGCGAACUCUUGGACUACUCCCCCAGCAUGCUCCUGGAAAAAGUUAUUCAACUCUACCGCCAAAUCUGAAUCUAUCAAUCACAGCUCCGAAUGGGCCACUUGAUGAGGAGUAUGAUAGGCUGAAUUUUGAUCAUAUAGAAGCCGCCACGAAGAUUUCGACUAUAAACCAUUGUUUCCGCUUGGCAGAGAGCUACCCUCGUUCUCUAGUACUUCCAAAAACCGUAGACGACGAUGUUCUUGGCGAAGUGGCCAAAGGAUUCCGAUCCUCAAGGCUACCGGUGGUCACCUGGACUAACGGAAAUGAUGCAUUUCUUUUGCGUGGUGCCUCAUUCUCAGCGAACGUCUUGAAAAAGAUCAAGAUGCAGGCAAAGGCUAUCAAUCGCGGGAAACAGCUUGGUGAGAUUGGAGCCGAUGAGAAGCUGAGGUUGGAGACAAGGGAAGCCAGUGGUUCGAAUGUGACAAUUUUGAGAUCGAGCGCCGAAUAUCAGGCUGCUUAUUUCGUUCGGCUUGCUGCAAUUGCUAAUCGAGGGCUAGACCGGCUAGAUACUUCCAUGUUUUCGGGAUUGUUGAGCGAUGCGAGCGCAAUUAAUUCGAAUGCCACAACACCGUCGCUUGCUCGGAAAUAUAAUGCGGAUUCGAUUUCAAUACCGGCUAGUACAAGCAGCAAAGAAAAUGAAUCCGGCCAAUUUCAACAGCACGAACGUCGCCCUAGCGCAUCAAUCCUUCGAGUCCCAUUCACCCGCCAGCAUACUUUAAGCAUGCUUAAAAAGAACCAACUAUUCAUUUUGGGAGAGCCAGGCCAAGAAAAGUCCCUAAAAUGGGGUGAGAACAUCCAAUUCAUACCCAUCACCUAUCCAUCAUCCAAGAGAUUGAAAAGCGUCUUCAAGAAGCUGCUGAAAACGUAUUUGGCUCCUGAGCUAGGGCUUGUCGAAGAUGGUAGCGGAUUUGCUGCGAAGACAGCUUGGUUGCAUGAGGUAUCGGCAUUUCUGGCGUUGGCAAUUGAAAUCUAUUCACUGGUUGAUCUUGCAAAUGUAUCAGUUGCAUUUUGCUUGGAAGAAGGGAGGGAUGCCACUUCUGUGAUUUCUUCGUUGGCACAGUUGAUUUUGGAUCCAUAUUACCGUACGCUUGAGGGCUUUAAGGCCCUUAUAGAAAAAGAAUGGAUCCAAUUUGGACACCGUUUUUCGCAUCGUGCGAAUCACACGCCGGAUUCGCAGAGUAAUGGCGUCGCCCCGUAUUUCCUAAUAUUCCUUGAAUGCUGCCACCAAAUCCACCGCCAAGCUCCAAAGUCUUGCCAAUUCAACAAUUUCUACCUCAAAUUCUUGGCCUAUCAUUCCCAGGCUGCUUACUACCGGAAUUUCUUACUUGACAGUGAGGCUGAUAGAGCGAAGAUUCAAAUUGUUGAUCCAGACGAUGAAGCAAAUAUUUGGACGGCUAUUGAGAAUUCUGAUCAAUCAUUAUUUUCAAAUCCACUCUACAAAGAAUCUGCUGAGUUACCAAUGCUCUCAUGGCUUCCGAAUAACCUCACGAUUUGGAGCUUUUUCACGGAGAAGUUUCUUUCUGAUCGCCAUCCUUAUGACCCGGAAUUCCAAGAACACGGGACAAACGGUACAAACAGCGAUACAGUGAUUUCGGAGCAAUCAAAGGUUGAUUCCGAAGAAAAUCCACGCCAUCGGGCAGAUUAUUUGCUAGAGAACAGUCGUUUGUUAUUAGCCUGUGCCCAUCAGAAGCACCAAUCCAGCAUGUCCCGAAAUCCAAGCAUGGACUCAUUGGAUCAGACCGACAAAACAGAUUCGAAUUGCGGGAAGAGCAUUUAUGGCGACAACCCGGACAUCGUCUAUGCGGGAUAUCUUCAAAAGAAGGGAGCUAGGAUGAAGCUUUGGAGUCCACGAUACUUUGUAGUUUACAAAUCGCUGAAAGCGCUUCGAUACCACGAAGAAGCUAAUAUGAUAAGUGAGGGAACCUAUUUUGAUCUGCGAGGGGUGGACGUUCAACUACGAAGAGUUGCAGAUAAGAGCGUGAUUACGCUAAACACCGAAAAGAAAAACAUGCAACUCCUUGCUCCAACAGCUGACGAAGCCGCUUUAUUUAUUCAAAAACUAAAAGAGCUUGUCGCU